AUGAAACAUGAAGAAAAUUCCCAUUGUGCUCCACAAUUAUUGCUAAGCAUAAUGAGACAAAACUUCUGGCCGAUUAAAGGAAAGAUUAUGGCGCGAAACAUUGUUCACAGCUGUGUCAUCUGUUCAAAGGCAAAACCAAAACUGAUGGACCAACUCAUGGGCAACUUACCGACUGAUCGAGUUACUCUAACUAAACCAUUUUUUACCACAGGAGUUGAUUACUGUGGUCCGAUAUGGAUUCAUUAUAAAAUUAGAGGAAAAAGGCCAACAAAGGCAUAUUUAGCAGUAUUUUGCUGUUUCGCGACUAAGGCUGUUCACCUAGAAGUGGUGAGUGACCUGACAACAGAGGCAUUCAUAGCCGCUAUUCAACGUUUUAUCAGCAGAAGAGGAAGAUGCCAAACAAUUUAUAGUGACAAUGCGACUAACCUUGUUGGGGCGAGAAACCAACUACAAGAGCUCCAGUUUACCAUUUAUUCAGAAAAUGGUAAAGAAAAGAUCAUUAAGACCAGUAGUAACAAGGGAAUUGACUUCAAAUUCAUUCCACCAAGAGCUCCUCAUUUUGGAGGACUCUGGGAAGCUGCCGUCAAGUCAGCUAAACAUUUAAUGAUUAAAGGAAUUUUCAGCGCUUCAUUGACUUAUGAAGAAUUGACAACAGUCAUAACUGAAAUAGAAGCCAUGUUAAAUUCAAGGCCAAUAACAAAAAUGUCAUCCGAUCCAAAUGAUCUAACAGCGCUUACACCAGGACACUUUCUCAUAGGCGAACCACCUACCACUAAUGUAGAUCCUUAUCAAAAGGAGAGCCGAAUGAGUUUAUCAUCACGAUGGCGUUUAGUUUCUGAACUCAAACAAGAAUUCUGGAGAAGAUGGUCAAAGGAAUAUCUCAAUGAACUCCAAUCAAGGUACAAAUGGAAACAACAAAAGGCAAAUCUAUGCCAAGGUGAUUUAGUCAUUAUUAAAGAUGAUAAUCUACCCAUGUACAAAUGGCCUCUUGGCAGGGUGCAACAGGUGUAUGAAGGAGAAGAUGGUUUGGUCCGUGUAGCUGACAUAAAAACAGCCAAUGGGAUUUUUAAACGAUCAGUACGAUCAUUGGCCCCCCUACCCACUGAAGGCAGCAUUAAUCAAAAUCCAACAAAACAAAAUUCUACUGUCACACAAACAAGACGAACGAAUGAACCUAGUGAAGCGUUGCCAAAGCGUCGAAAGAUAUAUGAUGGCACAUCUUUAAUGAUGACCAUACUUGGUCAAACACCAAACGUCUACAAUUCAGACACAUCAAACGCUUACCGACACCAUGUAUGA